UGUCACUUCUUCUUGAGGUUAAGAGGCGGAAUGUCUUUGGGCAUUGUACAUUAUUACCAACGUCCUCAUUCAGUUUUAGGGACCAUAUCAUCUUACGCUCCAAGAGAUGAGAUUGGCGCCACCGCUGGGACUGUUAGCAGUGGCUGUGCUGGGAACAUGCAUCCGUUUCCUCUGGCUCAAUGCCCAAAAUCAACACCAACGGAUUUGUUACACAGGGGCCUCCUCCAUUCGGCCUCGGCGUGCAUUCAAAUCCUACUCAGAAUACAUCCACCUGCAAUUGAACAAGACUCUAAAUCCGCGCCUCAGGGAGGUAUGGACGACCCGGGAUUGGGGAAGAAAAGUGGAGGUGUUCUCGGGCAUAUUUGGGCAUCUGAAGAAACAGGGGCUGGUGGCAGAGCAGUCGAAGGCGUUGUGCAUUGGAGCUCGGGUAGGUCAAGAAGUGGCUGCCCUCAAAGCAAUUGGUGUUGUCGACGCCAUUGGCAUCGAUCUCGUUCCCUUUCCUCCUCUGGUUCUCUCUGGUGACAUGCAUUCUCACCCAUUUCAAGACGACACCUUCGAUUUUGAAUUCUCGAAUGCCUUCGACCACGCGCUUUAUCCCUCUCUGUUUGUGUCUGAGAUCGAGCGGACCCUCAAGCCUGGUGGCGUCGCCGUCGUACAUGUUUCUGCCCACAGACGGGGAGAUAAGUACUCUGUAAAUGAUCUCUUCAGCCCUGAUCCCUUCAUUGCUCUUUUUAAAAAGUCCAGUCUUGUACAUGUCCGGAAGGUCGAUGCCUUCGGCCUCGACACGGAAAUCGUCCUACGUAAGAAUAGUAGUGGGAUUGUGAGUCCGACUGUAAAAGAAGCCCAUUUGCCCUGUUCUAAAUUUGUCUCUGAAAUGCCAGUAUAAUGGGGAGCCCAAGUUCUCUGUAAAUCUCUCCACAUCGCUCAUGAAAGGUGUAUAUCAAUGGUCGUCGAAGUAAGACAGAGAUUGCUCUUCUUCAUCAA